AUUUUCCUACCCACGCCACAGUCAAUGCCUGAGUUGAGAACGUGACAGUCAAUUUUCCACACAAUAGCAGUUUUAGAAUGACUCUUCCUAAUCCCUUCCCCCUCUUCAACUUCUUCUUCUUCUCAUUUUUCUUCUAUUUUUUCAUAUUAAUUAACUUUCCUUGUUGGAGCUCAUGAAUUUUCCCUUUUUUUUCGCCUCAUCAGUUUCCUUUUAAGCUAAGUUACCUCCAUCCCUAGCUCGUAGCUAACAUAAUUUUAUUUUUUUUUUUAUAAUUAACAAAUUUUGGUCUGUGCUCUUUUUUAUCAUGGGGACGCUAUGGAUAAAUCUGAAGAUUUCAGAGAAGGAUGAGUUAGAAGAUCAUCAUGAUGAGAAGGAGGAUGUUAUGGAAUUUGGAGUAACAGACGAAGACGAAGAUAUUAAAGUUGAGAUUCCAAAAAAUGAUGAUGAUGAUAAGAGAAGGAUUUGUCAUGUGUGUAACAAAGGAUUUGGCUCUGGUAAAGCAUUAGGAGGUCACAUGAGAAUUCACGUUCAACCUUCCAAAAAGCAGCUCUUCUCUGGUAAAAAGGACAAAAAAUCGAAAACACGAGAACAAGUAUAUUUAGAAAAUUGCAAUAAUGAUCAGUUGUUACCAACUUGUUCAAUGUGUGGUAAGAAUUUCCCGUCGAUGAAAUCGUUGUUUGGACAUAUGAGGUGUCAUCCUGAACGGGCAUGGAGAGGAAUUCAUCCUCCUCACUUGAAAUCUAUCGACGAGAUCCAUAUAAAAAAAGCGAAAAAAACAGCUUCUGCUACUACUACGACUACUGUUACUGUACCUGGAUGGUCAGUGACAGCUAAGCGAGGCCGUAAGCCCAAUGCUGAAGAAGAAGCCACUAACUCAGUCUCUAAGGAUGAGGAGCAAUUGCAGGAUGCUGUUCAUCAUCUGAUGCUCCUCGCCAACGGAGAUUCAAUCGAGUCUGGUGUUACUCGGCAUGAUACUCCGGAAGAAUUGGAGAAAACGAACAGCAAUUCUCUUACAUCCAAAGCUGAAACUGUGGAAUUUCAUGCUUCUGAAUCGAAGAUCGCCGAUAACAGGAAGAGAAGGAAGAAGAAGAUGAAGUUGAGGCAUCUGAAUUCCGUCGGUCCAGCUUCAGUCAUGGCGGCGACACCUGAAAAAUACAAGUGCAACACUUGCGGAAAAAGCUUCGCAACUCAUCAAGCACUUGGUGGGCAUAAAUCAAGCCACAAUAAGUUCAGAUUGGUAAUUCAAAAUUCCGAUGUUACUAAUGUAGCUGCAACAAGUGAAGAAGCAGCUGCUAUCAGCUCAAAGUUGGCUGACAGCAAAUUAUCAAGUCAAUUGAAUUCACCUGGAUGCAGAAUUCUGGAUUUUGAUCUCAAUGAAUUGCCCCCUGAUCAUGAAGCUGAACUUUCUGGUAAUCAUGAAUACUUUCCAUUUUUUCCAAUUUGACAAUGUUAAGUUUUGAAGAUGUGCUUUGGAGCACCGAUAAAGUUAUUUUUGUGACUAUAAUUCAUGCCUUUUCCUGAUCCUGUGUGUGAAUAUACGAUGUUUAGUGCACCGAAUUGCCAUUCACAAUAUAUUAGUUUUAGUCUA